CAUCUUUCAGUGAAUGCUUUAUCACCUACUAUUUAUAAAAGGGUGUCAGACCUCAGACUGACACUCAAACCUCAGACUCUGUCUUCUUCACUGAUCCCCUUCAUGAUCAGUGUCCUUGCACCGACGUGUGUGGAUUGAUGUUAUGGCCCCGGUGCCUUCAUGAAGCUGUCUAUAACGUUGCUCGGAUCCUGUGUGUGUAAAUUACAUGUCAGUCUUUGUGGACGGGUGUUGAGGUGAGGAGAUCACCACAAUGCACACAUCCAUGCACGGAAUACACGCAGCCCCUCUGGUUAACGCUGCUCACAGGCUGCAGACCAGACCACCACCACCUCCCUCUCUGCCUCUUCCUUGUUCAGUAUUAUCGACUGGAGCCCCCAACAGCCAAUCAGCAGGCUGCAUCCCUCUCCUGUCAUCAGCCAGUGCUGGAGGAAGGGAUUGGCUUGUGUGAUCUGAGCUUGGAAGGCAGAUGAAAUGCCAGGUCUGCUCUGCCUCUGGGGACAAGCAGGCUGCCUUAUAAUGGGAACCAACACUCGCUCGGCUCAGGGGCAAUAACAUCCAGUUCAGUUCAGGAAAACAGAGGGCUGCACCUUUUUUGGGUUGUUUUUUUUCUGUUCUGUCUGCUGCUCUGUGGUCUACCUUCAUGUGGAGAAAGAGAGCGCUGCUGGUGGGCUCUGUCACUCCCCUGUGCUCAUCGUCCGUCCUCUCUGGAACAGGUUGAACCCUCACUGUCGAUUUUGCACCGAAGAGCUGCUUUUUGGAAUCUCUCUCCUCCAUGUACGAUAACUUGUACCUUCAUGGAUUUGAAGACUCGGAGGCGGGCUCAGCUGAUUCCUACACAAGCCGACCAUCUGACUCGGAUGUGUCCCUGGAGGAGGAGAAGGAGGGCGGCCGGCAGGAGAGGGAGCAGCAGGCCACCGUCCAGCUCGAGAGGGCAAAGACUAAAGCAGUGGCCUUUGCUGUGAGGACCAAUGUCAGCUACUGUGGUGCUCUGGAUGAAGACGUCCCUGUGGCCGGGACUGGUGUCUCCUUUGAUGCCAAGGACUUCCUCCACAUCAAAGAGAAGUUCAACAAUGACUGGUGGAUCGGCCGCCUGGUGAAAGAAGGCUGCGACAUUGGCUUCAUCCCGAGCCCUCUGAAGCUGGAAAACAUCCGACUCCAGCAGGAACAGAAGAGAGGACGCUUCCACGGCAGUAAGUCGAGUGGGAAUUCAUCCUCCAGCCUUGGAGAGAUGGUGUCGGGCACAUUCAAGCCAAACCCCAACUCUGCAGGGAAGCAGAAGCAGAAAGUGGCUGAGCACAUCCCUCCGUAUGACGUGGUUCCCUCCAUGAGGCCGGUUGUCCUGGUGGGACCGUCCCUGAAAGGUUACGAGGUGACAGACAUGAUGCAGAAGGCGCUGUUUGACUUCCUGAAGCACAGGUUUGACGGAAGGAUAUCCAUCACAAGGGUAACAGCUGACAUAUCGUUGGCCAAGAGGUCAGUACUAAACAACCCCAGUAAGAGGGCCAUCAUUGAGAGAUCCAACACCCGCUCCAGCCUUGCCGAGGUCCAGAGUGAAAUAGAAAGGAUCUUUGAGCUGGCCAGGUCUCUACAGCUGGUAAUAUUGGAUGCAGACACCAUUAACCAUCCAGCACAGCUCAUCAAGACCUCAUUAGCGCCCAUUAUCGUCCACGUUAAAGUGUCCUCACCUAAGGUCCUCCAGAGGCUGAUCAAAUCGAGAGGAAAAUCUCAAAGCAAACACCUGAAUGUGCAGCUUGUUGCGGCAGAAAAACUAGCACAGUGUCCUUCUGAGAUGUUUGAUAUUAUUCUGGAUGAGAACCAGCUGGAGGAUGCGUGUGAACACCUGGCAGAGUACUUGGAGGCAUACUGGCGUGCUACACACACUUCACUUAGCACGCCACUCAACCCCCUGCUGGGACGCAAUCUGGGCUCCACAGCUCUCUCCCCGUAUCCUGCCGCCAUUCAGGCCCAAAGAAACCGCAACAGCAACCACACAACAACAGACCAUUCACCAGUCGAACGUCGCAGCCUGAUGCCGGCCGACGAGAACUACCAUAACGAACGGGCGAGGAAAAAUCGCAACCGUCUGUCCUCUGGCUCACAGCACAGCCGGGACCACUCGCCUCUGGUGGAGGAGGACUACCAGGACCCCUACCAGGAUUCUUACAAGCCUCAUCGCAACCGAGGGUCCCCGGGAGGCUACAGCCAGGACUCCAGGCACCGGCUUUGAGCGCUGGCCUACUGUAAUCAAAGUGAAGGCUCGUCUUUCUCUAACCGACCACCACGGACUUAAGAGUUGAGGUGGCUUUGCUGUAACAUGAAGAAACUACUACACUCAUUUGGACUGUAACAACCUCGUAUCAAUGUGUAGUACCUCAUUUUCCCUUUGGCCUUGGCUCCUGCCAAAUGAGCAUUUGAACCUAGAUAAUUCAGAAUCCUGCUCUUGCUGUUGUGUGAGCAAGGGAAGGGACUGGAUAGGAAAGUAGCACAAGAGCAAAAAAGUUAUGUUUUAAGGGAGAGCUAAAGCCGGACCUGAUCUGAGUGAAGUGUUCUAGCAGAUGAUAGUGUGCGACGUAGGCUCUUCGGGACCCUCCCCGCCAUCUCAGCUGUUACUGUAGCAUGCAGGUAGGACUGUAGCUACAGGUCACUACCUGCCACAAGCCAGAUAGCAUGAGCAUCCAGUGGUGAUGAUCAGCACAGAACCUGUUUGCACGCGUCCAGGAGCUGGUAGAAGCAGAGUAUAAUGCAUCUUUAAUGCUCCUCAAGUUUGUAUGCCACUGUCCUCGAUGUGAGUGUAAUAAACCCUGUGGAAGCCUGUUCCCAAAUCCGGAGUUUUGUUUUUGAGGUGACAUGGUAGGUGUUGUGGUCUUUCUCUUCAAGGUUCAUACAGUAGCCCCCCUCUUUGUUAUUUCUUAAUGCCAAUUUUGUCAUUAACCAUAUUCGGACAGAAAUCUAAAAAUCAUGCAGAUACUACAACAUUUCAAAGCUCUGAACCUCAGGAAUGAGAGGUCAUUUAGACCUAGAAGUGUGCUGACAGAUGUAGCGUUCAUGUUCUUUCCCAUCUGAUGGGGAUUCGAUUCUGAGCAUUAUGUUAGAUCGUUAAGAGAUUCUAUGAUGUAGUUGUUAGAGAAAAAAAAGCUAUUUAUAUGAGGAGGGAGCACUUCCACGACAGGAGUCACUAGAAUGCUCACGCCAGCAUGUUUUUCAUAUGCCAUGCAUUUAUCAGCUGCUGUUGUCUGUCAUGUGUCGGGCAAGACAUCACUUGGAAUUAAUAGAACAGGAUAUUAAUGAGUGACUUACACUGAGGACUUCCUUAUGUAAAUACAGACAAAAUAAUUGAAGAAAAGAAAAGCUUAAUUUAUUUAAGGUUUCACUUACAGUACAUUCAUUUCAUUUCCAUUCAUUUCUUGUUAUUGAGGCCUUGAAUAGGCCUUCCAACAUCUAAUUAAAAACAUUUGCUGCAUCUCAUUUUUAUUAUUUAAGGUUUUAUAGUAUUGACACAUUUUCAUUGAGUAGCAAUUUCCAUAUUUCCAGCUUGAUUGUUUUCAUUGUCUUCAAUUUAUGUUUCAUUAAAGACUCCUUAUGAGGGAAGCAUCUGAAAGCACUCGGGCGGGACUGCGCUGUAUUUGUCACAUUGUCUUUAGUUUUAUGUGCUACUUUCUCGGAAAUGUAGAGCAGUUCCCUGUAUUUUUAUUAAUGAGAUGAAUUCACUUGUAUGCUGCCAGUUGAUACAGGAUUCAUAUAUCAUCUUUUAAUGACAUACCCUUGUAUAUUGUAAUUUAAUAUUUGUUGGAAGUCUCAAGGCACUUUUUUUCCCAGCUAAUAGGCCAGAAAUCUCGUCAUGUUUCAGAGACUCUGGAAAAGGAAAAGUGUCAAGGAGACUUCUGUUCUUAUCUGCCAUAUACAGUAGCUUUUAUUGGUGUUGUUUCAAAACUCUGGAGCAACAAUUUAAGAGAUUUGAAUACUGCCUGUGAGAGAAUGAUGCAUUGUUUCAAAGUCUGUGUGCACUGUCAUUUUACAAUUGUAAUGAAAUAAACUGCCCUUAUG